AUGAUCAGAGAGUGGGAGAAUGAAUGGCAGAAUAUUGGAAAACAGAGGGUUAAAUAUCUGACUACCCAUGAAAGGAAGAUCGCAGAGGGGAAGUCUAAUAAGGAUGGGAAGUCAGUCAAGACAAUUAAUACAAACUAUUCCUUUCAGGAUGAAGAAUCUCUGUUCUGGCAAGAGGAUCUGUGCCCUAUUUCACAGUUGGGGAUACGGACCAAAUUCAACAAAUCAGACCCACGCAUUGCCCUCGGGAGAUACUCCCCCUUGGAAAAAGAGAUCCUACGCCUGGGCGGUGUCCACACGGUAGCAGCGAGAAGGUUUUUGGCUUAUAAGCAAGAGGAAGAGCGGAAAAUGCUCAAGGCACUACAGUUGCCGUCAACAGACUUCAAACAGGGAGUAGAGCAUAAGAAGCACCAUUCCACCCCUCGUGCUCCCUGUGGGCCCUUGGAGAAAAUAUGGACGGCAAAGGUGACUGUGCCCCCAGAGGAGUUUAAAAUGCCGCAGCGUGAGCAGGUCAAUAUUAGCAAGCACAUAGAAAGGAUGCAGCUUGCUCGAGCCCUGAGAAAUAAGCAGCUUUUACCCUACAUGGAAAGGUUUCGGUGCUCUUCAUUUCUGUCCGGAGCGGGCCUGGGCCCAACAGCCAGACGCAAGGCCAAGGAAGAGGAAGAAAAUUUUACCAUGGAUGCUACUGAUAACACCAAGCAGAAGGAGAAAGAGGAGGCAGAGAACAAAAACACAAAAAAACAAGAAAUAAAACUGAAUGUAAUUUUCAAGUCAGAAGAACCAAAACGAUGCUUGACAAACCAACUGAAUGAACAGAAACCAUUCCUCCCCACAAGGAAACUGGAACGGUCAAUCACGGGCCCAACGAACCGCAGUGUUUUCCCCUUCUCUGAAUUUCCUGGAGAUCUGAUGCUAAUGAAUCAGGAUUUUAUAGCACGGGGAGCCCACUCCAGUGAUUCAGUGAAACCCUAUCCCCAGAAAGAAGGAUGGAUCUGGAAAGAGUACAUGCGCAAAAUUGAGUCUCACCACUAUUAA